AUGAAAUUGUCUCCAAUAUGUUAAACAUUAAUCCAUUCCAAAUCCAACCCUUUAUCUCCAGUCAUUCAGAACAUCAAAAAGCACAGCGUUCAUAGCAUUGAAAAUGAAAAAAAGGAUACUAAGUAUUUAAUUGAUUGUUAACUAUUUUAGCAAUCAGUUAGAAUUGAGAAUCAAUCAACUGGUGGAAGAAAACAAAAAGGUUAAUCUCUAAUUGAACGAUAAAAUUAAAGAAAAUGAAUAAUUAAGGGGCCAAAUCAUGGAAUAAGAAAUUCAAAUCAAUAAAUUAAAAGGCAUCGAACAUGAACUCAUAUUAGUCAAAGAAAUAUCUGAUAUUAGAUUUCAAGAUGUAAUGCAUCUCCAUUAAUUCUAGUAUGAAAAAUCCAAAUUAUAAGCGGAACAUUUAUAUUAAGAGUUAACAGACAUUCAAUCAGUAUUCUAAGAUUCCUCUAAUAAACUCAUGCAACAAUCAGAAGAAAUUCAAUAAUGGAAAAUCAGAUACGCUGAAUUGGAUUCAACGAGGCUCCAAUAAAUGCAAGGUAAAAAUAAUCAAUAUAUUUCUAGAGUUGAAAUAAAAAAUUCUUUAAUAACAGGAAGAAGAUGAAUAAAAGUAAUCAUUUCUUAAAGUUAUAACUGAAAUGGAAAAAACUAUAAUAUCUUUACAAGAUUAAUUGAAAUAGAAGGAUGAUUCCUUAAAAUUGGCUAAUGAUGAUCUCAAUCAAUGGAAGAUUAAAUAUUCUAAGGCUUAAGUGUAGUAAAAGUAAUUGGCCAAUGACAAGGAAAAGGAUUAGAAAAUAUAGAUGCUAAUAGAUGAAAUUGAACGAUUAAACGAUUUAUUAGGUUAAAGAAAUGAUGAAAUAUAUACACUCAAAAGGUUGGCUGAAAAAACAGCUUAGUUGAUCUCGAUCAGUUAAAGAGCAUAAAGAUCAGCUAGUGGUCAAAAAUAUAAAUGA